AUGGCGAGCAGCGGGCCGUGCGCCGAGGUCCGGGAGAAGUUCCAGGCGGCGCUGGCGCUGGCGCGGCUGGAGCUGCGCCGGAACCCCGAGAAGGAGCCGUACAAGUCCAAGUACAGCGCGCGGGCGCUGCUCGAGGAGGUGAAGGCGCUGCUCGGGCCGGCGCCCGACGACGACGACGACGACGACGAGGACUGGGGCCCGCGCGCCGAGGCGGGCGCCGGGGAGCACGCCCUGGGCCCGCCCGCCGCCCCCGCCGCCGCCCCGCUGGAGGUCGCGGGCCCCGCGGCCCAGCGCGCGCUGCGGCUGGCGGUGAUCGAGUUCCACCUGGGCGUGAACCACAUCGACACCGAGGAGCUGUCGGCCGGCGAGGAGCACCUGGUGAAGAGCCUGCGGCUGCUGCGCAGGUACCGCCUCUCGCACGACUGCAUCUCGCUCUACAUCCAGGCGCAGAACAACCUGGGUAUCUUGUGGUCUGAAAGAGAAGAAAUUGAAACUGCUAAGGCCUAUCUAGAGUCGUCAGAGGCUCUGUAUAACCAGUAUAUGAAGGAGAUUGGAAGUCCUCCUCUGGACCCUACUGAGCACUUCCUUCCUGAAGAGGAGAAGCUGACUGAACAGGAGAGAUCCAAAAGGUUUGAGAAGGUUUACACUCACAACCUCUACUACCUGGCUCAAGUCUACCAGCACAUGGAGAUGUUUGAGAAGGCCGCCCACUACUGCCACAGCACCCUGAAGCGCCAGCUCGAGCACAGCGCCUACCAUCCCAUGGAGUGGGCUAUUAAUGCGGCCACGCUGUCGCAGUUUUACAUCAACAAGCUAUGCUUCAUGGAGGCCAGGCACUGCUUGUCAGCCGCUAAUGUUAUUUUUGGUCAAAUUGGAAAAAUCCAAACCACAGAAGACACUCCUGAAGUGGAAGGGGACCUGCCGGAGCUGUACCACCAGAGAAAGGGCGAGAUUGCGCGGUGCUGGAUCAAGUACUGCCUGGCGCUGCUGCAGAACGCCCAGCUCUCCAUGCAGGACAACAUCGGAGAGCUGGAUUUCGACAAGCAGCAGGAGCUCAGAGCGUUGCGGAAGAAGGAGCUGGACGAGGAGGAGAGCAUCAGGAAGAAGGCCGUGCAGUUCGGGAGCGGCGAGCUGUGUGACGCCAUCUCCGCCGUGGAGGAGAAGGUGCGCUACUUGAGGCCCCUGGACUUCGAAGAAGCCAGGGAACUUUUCCUGCUGGGCCAGCACUACGUUUUGGAGGCCAAAGAGUUCUUCCAGAUCGACGGGUAUGUCACAGACCACAUCGAAGUUGUGCAGGACCACAGCGCCCUGUUCAAGGUGCUUGCGUUCUUUGAAACCGACCUGGAGAGGCAGUGCAAGAUGCACAAGCGCAGGAUCGCCAUGCUGGAGCCGCUGCUCGUCGACCUGAACCCGCAGUACUACCUGCUGGUCAACAGGCAGAUCCAGUUCGAAAUCGCCCACGCGUACUAUGAUAUGAUGGACUUGAAGGUGGCCAUUGCGGACAAGCUGAGGGACCCUGAUUCUCACAUCGUGAAAAAGAUCAACAAUCUGAAUAAGUCAGCGCUCAAGUACUACCAGCUCUUCCUAGACUCCCUGAGAGACCCGAACAAAGUGUUUCCCGAGCACCUGGGGGAAGAUGUGCUCCGCCCCGCCAUGUUGGCCAAGUUCCGCGUGGCCCGUCUUUAUGGCAAAGUCAUCACCGCAGAUCCCAAGAAAGAGCUAGAAAACCUGGCAACGUCGCUGGAACAUUACAAGUUCAUUGUCGAUUACUGUGAGACGCACCCUGAGGCCGCCCAGGAGAUAGAAGUUGAGCUAGAACUUAGUAAAGAGAUGGUCGGUCUUCUCCCGACAAAGAUGGAGCGGUUCAGAGCCAAGAUGGCCCUGACUUAGCUAACCUUGUUUGGAAGGGAAGGAAAUGUGCAGUGCCGAAGUGAUUGUCCCCGCAGUGACCAGGCCCAGGCCACCGUGACAGUUACGGCCACGGCCAGACCAGUGUGUCCAGUACACUGCAAGUUCACGUAAGUCAGGCACCUGGCCGGAGCCACUGCUGGAACCGUGAACAACAUAAAGUUACCUGAUAAUUUAUGCCUAAUUAUGUAAAUUGUCUUACCAAGGCAAACAUGUUUUGCAUCUUAGAUUGCUUGUUUUCCCAUUGAAAUGUAAACAUUCCCUGCCUCAGUUUCCAAAUAUAGGUCCUUUGUCGACUAGUGCUUGAUAGAUUUCAUCCUAGGGAAAAUACCAAGUAACACACCUGGUCAGUAGCCUGUUAAUACAUUGACUCUGAGAAAGUGCACUUCCUGUGGUCACCCAUUUUAAAAUGCUCACGUUUUCCUAAGUUCCCAAGGAAAUCUUUCCCUUUUGAGAAUAAUAAAAACUAAAUUGUUGUAAAAUAGUUUAUCUCGAUUAUGGAGGUAAUGGCCUUGCAAGUACAAUAAAUUGACUUGUUUCAACUGAUAAAAA